CCCCAACCCAAGAUGCCGCCGCCGCCUCCUCAAAAACAACAAAAAACAACCAUAAUCGCCAUCUCCGGCCCCUCCAGCAGCGGCAAAACGACCCUCGCCCGACUCCUCCAACGCAUCUUCUCCAAACUAACCCCGCAAUCAAACACAAGUUCAAAUCUCCGAACAUUCAUUGUCCACGAAGACGACUUCUACCAUCCAGAUGACAAAAUCCCCCUAAUCCCCCACCCGCGCAACCCCACCACCUCGAUCCAAAACUGGGAUACGCUUUCCGCACUCGACAUCCCGUUCCUCAGCGCCGCAUUAUCCUACAUCCAUUCGCACGGACACUUGCCUCCGCGCCUACGGUCAAAGGAGGAUUUGAAUGAUGUGGCGGAGUCCGGGGUAUCAGAGGAGGUUGUGUCUCGGAUGAGGGAGGUGGUUAGGGAGCGGGUUCCUGGGUACUUUCUUGAGAGUAAUAUCAAAUCUACUUCUGGGGGUGGGGAUGGGGAUGGUGUCAGGACAAUCGUUUUCCUGGAGGGGUUUCUGCUUUUCGCACCACCCAAGGAGGAAGAUCCGGACCAUGGGUUGAGGGAGGUGCAGGAGAAGAUGGAUGUGAGGUUGUUUUUGCCGGCGAGGUAUGAUAAUGUUAAGGAGAGGAGGGAGGGGAGGAGUGGGUAUGUGACUAUUGGGCCGGCGCCUGUACAGCAGGGUGGUGAGGGUGAGGGUAGUGGGAGUACGGAGUUGCCGCAGAGAGGGUCGGUGGAGGUGGAUUUGGAGAAGGAGGAUGAUCGGCCGCCGCAGAAUUUCUGGACGGAUCCGCCGGGGUAUGUUGAUGAUAUUGUGUGGCCUAAUUACGUACAGGAUCAUGCGUGGUUGUUGUUGCCGGAUAGGGACGAAGGGUCGACGGAGUGGAGGAAUGCGGACACGCAGGAGCUGGUCAAGCUGGUGGGACAGGGAGUGAAUCUGAGAAUGGAUGCGGGUGUAACGGUGGCUCCUGGACAGGGAGAGGCGUCUAUGACGGACAUUCUCGAGUGGGCGGUCGAGGAAGUACUUAAACACAUUGCGGAAACAGAAGGACAAUGACAACCUGGUUCAUCUGUAGUACCUAACUACACAGAGGACCUCCCCAAAGCCACUCCCUUGUCAUCCAUAUCAG